AUGCUUUGUGCAGAUUGUUGUAGGUUGACGCUUUUAAAGCGAUUACUCGAGUCGAAUUGUGUGAUCUCAAGAGUAGCAUUUCACCAAGUCAAAGCUUCAUUCUUGCAAAAUCUGAAGUCAUUUCAUCUUUACGGUGUCUCGGUUUUGAUUGUGAAGUUGCAAGAAUUGCAUUCAUCGAGUCGGUUGGAAGGCAAUAAAAGGCCGAAUUGGUGA